GCGGUGCUGCGGCCGCCUGUCAGUCACGGCGGCGGCGGCGCCGGGAGGCGGCCGGGGCGCAGCCGGCAGAAGGCGGUGCGGGGACGACGCGCGGACCGGAGCCCGUUGAGGAGCGGCUGGGGAAGACGUGAAUCGAAGCGGGCGUGGAGGGGGGGGGUGCGUGAAGGAGGAAAAAAAAAAAAUAAAAUAAAAGCCUUAUUUAAAAACCCGGGGGGAGAUCCGAGAGGCGAGCCGCGUUUCUCCCGAAUUGCAGGAAAAGGUGCAACGGCCGCCGUCCCUCAGCCGGCUGCGAUGCUGCCAGCUACCGCGCUGCCCUGGACGUUGUUUCUCCUCAGAGCCGCAGCAUCUCUACAAGUGGAUAUCGUUCCAAGCCAGGGGGAGAUCAGCGUUGGAGAGUCCAAAUUCUUCCUAUGUCAAGUGGCAGGGGAAGCCAAAUACAAAGACAUUUCCUGGUUUUCUCCUAAUGGUGAGAAGCUGACGCCCAACCAACAGCGCAUCUCGGUGGUGCGAAAUGAUGACUUCUCCUCCACCCUCACCAUCUACAAUGCCAACAUUGACGAUGCUGGCAUCUACAAAUGUGUUGUCAGCAGCGUGGAGGAGGGAGACUCCGAGGCCACCGUCAAUGUCAAGAUUUUCCAAAAGCUGAUGUUCAAGAACGCUCCCACUCCUCAGGAAUUCAAGGAAGGGGAUGAUGCUGUGAUUGUGUGUGAUGUGGUCAGCUCGCUGCCUCCUACCAUCAUUUGGAAACACAAAGGCAGGGACGUUAUCCUAAAAAAAGAUGUUCGAUUUAUAGUCCUGUCCAACAACUACCUGCAGAUCCGGGGAAUCAAGAAAACAGAUGAGGGGACGUACCGCUGUGAGGGCCGGAUCUUGGCUCGUGGGGAGAUCAACUUCAAAGACAUUCAGGUCAUUGUAAAUGUACCUCCUUCUGUGCGUGCCAGGCAGAGCACCAUGAACGCCACUGCCAACCUCAGCCAGUCUGUCACCUUAGCGUGUGAUGCUGAUGGUUUUCCUGAGCCAACCAUGACGUGGACAAAGGAUGGAGAGCCAAUAGAGCCAGAGGAUGAUGAAGAGAAAUACAGUUUUAACUAUGAUGGGUCCGAGCUAAUCAUCAAGAAGGUGGAUAAGAGUGAUGAAGCGGAGUACAUCUGCAUCGCUGAGAACAAGGCUGGCGAGCAGGAUGCCACCAUUCAUCUCAAAGUCUUUGCAAAACCCAAAAUCACAUACGUGGAGAAUAAAACAGCUAUGGAGCUGGAGGAUCAGAUCACGCUGACCUGUGAGGCAUCGGGGGACCCAAUCCCUUCCAUCACUUGGAGAACUUCGACCCGGAACAUCAGCAAUGAAGAGAAGGCUUCGUGGACCCGGCCCGAGAAGCAAGAGACCCUGGAUGGGCGCAUCAUAGUGCGGAGCCACGCCCGGGUGUCAUCCCUGACUCUGAAAGAAAUUCAGUACACAGAUGCCGGAGAGUAUGUAUGCACAGCCAGCAACACCAUCGGGCAGGACUCCCAAGCCAUGUACCUCGAAGUGCAGUAUGCCCCCAAGCUUCAGGGCCCCGUGGCUGUCUAUACCUGGGAAGGGAAUCAAGUGAAUAUCACUUGCGAGGUAUUUGCUUACCCCAGUGCUGUCAUCUCCUGGUUCCGGGAUGGACAGCUGCUUCCCAGCUCCAACUACAGCAACAUAAAGAUCUACAACACUCCAUCAGCAAGCUACCUGGAGGUGACACCAGACUCUGAAAAUGACUUUGGAAACUACAACUGCACUGCUGUGAACCGCAUUGGCCAGGAGUCCUCAGAGUUCAUUCUUGUGCAGGCGGAUACUCCGUCCUCUCCUUCUAUUGACAGAGUGGAGCCAUACUCUAGUACUGCCCGGGUGGAGUUCGAUGAACCUGAAGCUACUGGUGGGGUGCCCAUCCUCAAGUACAAGGCAGAGUGGAGAGCACUGGGCGAGGGAGAAUGGCAUUCGAGGCUGUAUGAUGCAAAAGAAGCAAAUGUGGAGGGCACGAUCACUAUCAGUGGCUUGAAGCCUGAGACAACCUACUCCGUGAGACUGUCUGCAGUGAACGGCAAGGGUGUGGGUGAGAUCAGCCUGCCAUCCGACUUCAAGACGCAGCCAGUUCGUAUCCCUCAGUCACCAAGUACCGCUGCCCCCAGCUCCCGCUUAGCAGAGACAACUCGGCCUCUUACUGAAUCUGAGAGCACGGAGCCGCCAAGGGAACCCAGUGCACCCAAACUGGAAGGUCAGAUGGGAGAAGACGGAAACUCCAUUAAAGUGAAUGUUAUCAAGCAGGAUGACGGUGGCUCCCCGAUUAGACAUUACCUGAUCAAAUACAAAGCCAAGCACUCAUCAGAAUGGAAACCAGAAAUCAGACUUCCUUCUGGCAGCAACCACGUCAUGCUCAAGUCUCUGGACUGGAACGCAGAGUACGAGGUUUAUGUGAUAGCUGAAAACCAGCAAGGGAAGUCCAAACCAGCUCACUAUGCUUUCCGAACGUCUGCUCAGCCCACUGUCAUCCCAGCCAGUACUAGCCCUACAUCAGGCCUCGGGACUGCUGCCAUUGUAGGCAUCCUCAUCGUUAUCUUUGUGCUGCUCCUGGUGGCUGUGGAUGUCACCUGCUACUUCCUGAACAAAUGUGGCCUGCUGAUGUGCAUUGCUGUCAACUUAUGUGGCAAAUCCGGACCAGGAGCCAAGGGCAAAGACAUGGAGGAGGGCAAAGCCGCCUUUUCGAAAGAUGAGUCCAAGGAGCCUAUCGUGGAAGUGCGGACUGAAGAGGAGCGGACCCCCAACCAUGACGGGGGAAAACACACAGAGCCCAACGAGACCACCCCACUGACAGAGCCAGAGCACACCGCCGAUACCGCAGCUACCGUUGAGGACAUGCUGCCUUCCGUAACUACGGGCACCACUAACUCUGACACUAUCACUGAAACUUUUGCCACUGCUCAGAACAGCCCCACCAGCGAGACCACCACACUGACCUCCAGUAUUGCCAUGCCAGCCGCGGCCAUUCCCGACUCCAACUCCAUGUCGCCUGGCCAGGCUACUCCAGCCAAAGGGGGAGCCGCCUCGGUCUCUUCACCACCGGCCUCCUCUACCCCCAAAGUGGCCCCUCUUGUUGAUCUCAGCGACACCCCGAGCUCUACUCCAGCUGCUAAUAAUUUGUCUUCAAGCGUCCUGUCCAACCAAGGCGCGGUGCUCAGCCCCAGCACUGUUGCCAACGUGGCCGAGACCUCCAAAGCGGCAGCUGGUAACAAGUCAGCUGCCCCAAGCCCUGCAAACCUCACUAGCCCUUCAGCUCCGUCGGAGCCCAAGCAGGAGGUGUCGAGCACCAAGAGCCCCGAGAAGGAAACUGUGCAGCCCAGCACAGUGAAGAGCCCAACGGAGACAACCAAGAACCCAAGCAAUGCGAAGAGCGAGGCUGCUUCAGGCAGCACCACAAACCCUUCCCAGAAUGAGGACUUUAAAAUGGACGAAGGGACCUUCAAGACACCAGACAUUGAUCUUGCAAAGGAUGUUUUUGCAGCUCUUGGCACUACUACUCCUGCCAGUGUGACUAGCGGGCAGGCUCGCGAGCUUGCUUCUUCCGCUGCAGACAGCUCUGUACCUGCUGCACCUGCAAAGACCGAGAAAACCCCAGUAGAAGACAAAUCUGAAGUGCAAGCAACGGAAACCAAGACACCUCCAGCAGAAGUCAAGACGGUCCCAAACGAAGCCACACAAACAAAUGAAAACGAGAGCAAAGCAUGAUCAGCGACAGAUGAAAAAAUGACAGAACAACUUCACCCAAGCAUUUAAAACACGAAACACAACACACAUCUCAUUCCUCUAGUGUCUGUUGCCUUUUUUUAAAAAAAAAAACAAAACAAAACAGAAAAUGCAUAAACGGGGGGGGGGGGUCGUCCUUUUUUUUUUUUUUUUUUUUUUUUUUUUUUUUUUUUUUAAAAAAAGAUUUUUAGAAAGGUUCUAUUUGUUGUGCACUUGCUUUUAAAAAGUACUACAUUUUAAAAACAGGGUUAAACCCACAAGCAAACCAGGGCUGCGCUGCCCCUGUAUAUUCAAAUAAGCAAAAUUGCAAAUGCCAGUUACAGCAUCGCUGAGGAGCUCAGAAUCACCUAGUCGUAGGCAAAGGGGAAAAAAAAAGAAAGAAAGAAAAAAAGACCCUGUUCUUUCCUUGGUUAGUAUACUAGAUAUAACCACUGUACUGCUUGACUACUUGGUACAGCUGGUCCUUAAUGAACAAAGUCCACAAUUUAUUUUUAUACUUUUCAGUCGAGUUUGAAAUAUGUAAAGCCUCAUAAAUAAGUUAUAAUUUCUGUUCACCUUGUAUUUGUUCAGUAUGCAAAGUGUCUCGAGCUCUUUGUGGCUGAAUUCUGUUCUCCACCUUAGACAUUUAUUUGGGGGGUUAUUAUUUUUUUUUAGGAAGAAUGCCAAAAUUGCAGCUUCGGGGGAUAUAUUUCAAUUUGCAGUAUUCAGACUCUACAUUUCUUUAAAUUUUAUGUUAAUUUUUGCCAACUUUUGUUCUUUCCAGUGUUUACAAUUGACAAAUAUUUUUUUUAACUUUUGUUGUGUUUAAAUGUAUGUGUAAAAUAGCUGCCUUUUUUUUUUUUAAGUGAACCCAGCCUAUAGAUCCUAGGUUAGCAGCAUGCUUGCUUUGCAAAGGGAGACAUUUUUAAAUAUCGAUGUUUACAGUAGUUUCCCCUUUAUCUUUUUUAAUUAUUAUAAUAAUUAUAAUUAUUAUUAUUAUUUCUUACUGGAGUAAGAAAAAGAGUAAUGCUGGUCUUCGGUUUGUUUUGGGGGGGCGGGGGGUGGGGAUAUUCCAACCACUUGUCACCAAUCGAGGUCUGCACCCAGCAAUCCACAUAAACACACGCUUAGCUUGGAAUGAGAGAGUUGCUGGCGGAGUCCUUAUAUGCUUAAAGUUAUUAAGAGGGUAAGUCCCUUGCUGGACCUGGGCCUGACUGCAUAUGAAAAAUAUCAUCUCUGCUUUUUUAGGACAUUCUCCCUUUUCCUUCAUGGAACCCUCCCAGAGCUUUGCGAGGCAGAAGAGAGAUUGUACAGUUAGGGCUGGGCUGGGCUUAUCUCAGAUGUUCGACAUCAAUUUCUCCUUGAUGCGUCAGUAAACGCCAUUCCCUUGACCCCAGAAAGCUGGUUUGAAAGCAGCGACUUUCCGCACUUAGAGAAAAACCAAGUUUGCUUUUGAGGAGUGGUAACACUAAAAAAAGAGGAACGUCCUUCUCUCGUGGGUGAGGUUCCUGAGCACAAGGAUGCUUGGCAGCGUGCAAGCCCCCUCCAGCACGGCACGUCUGUCCAUGUGCUCUGCAGAACCAAAACCCCAAAAUCAGUGCUUGGAAAGCAGUGCCAAGGCUCCCCUUGAUUCCCCGGUCUCUGGAUCAUGUUGGUACCGCUCAGAAAAGGGGCUGAUGCAGCAUCGUGGUGCAGGGGGGAGCUUAUCAGCGGGAGAUAGCACUGGGAGUCACGGAGCGAUACCGAGAUUCGGGGGUGAGGAGACGCUUGAGCAGAAGGAAGGCGGAGGUGUACGGGGUAGCCCAGCCCGUUGUGUAGAGCUGUUCCUUCUCUGGGGGUUUUGUUGUUUGUUUUUUUUCUUUUUUUUUUCUUUUUUUUUCUUUUUUUUUAAAUUCUACUUUAGAUCUGCAAGCUUGUGCACUGUGGGUGCGUGACUAUUUUAGUGUGAAACGUGUUUUUUGUCAUAGUAUUGAAAUAAUUAAAAAAAAAAAGCUUCAACAUAGUUUGAAUGUGGAAGGUGUAGCGGAUAGUUCAGAUUUGAAGAAUUUAUUCGGGGAAAAAAAAAAAAAGAGAACAACUCUUACAAGGAACAGAAGCCUUUAAAUGAAAAACAGAACCGAGCUGACCAUGGCAUCCAUUCCGAUGUGUGAAGGUGACAAACAGGAGGAUGGGGGGCAGAGAGACUGCUGUGGGGCUCAGCUAGCGCGAGCCGCUCUCGUUGAUGUGCUCUUCUAAGCACGCAGUCUUCUCCAGUGGCAUCGCAGAAUUUCAAGCUGUGAAAAUAAUGGUUUUGUCAUUUGCUAAGUGUGGGGUUUUUUGCAUUUUUUCCUCAGCUCCUGGGGCUGGAAAUGGAGGAUGACUGGAUAUGCAGGCACAGACAGGCAUGCAGUACCCAUCCCGAGCAGGACAUCAGGGCAGGAUAGGUCCUCACUUCAAAGCCUUGUGGCAGAUUUGGCCCUUGCUUGACCCAGGACAGCAGUGGUGGUGUAAGUAAGGCAAGAUUUGGUCUGUGGUCCCCAGGGCUUUUUCUUUUCCAAUAAAUCAGUCCGUGAAAUACACCAUAAAAACCUCACCAUGGUCUACAGCUGGGGAGAGUCCUUGGGGCAGCGGAGGACCGAGUGGUGGCAGGCGAUACGUACCUCUGUUCCUUGGGAUGGCCACAACAGCUUGUUCCUCAUUUCUGUGACGUUUUUGACUGCUGUUGUCCUCUUUAUGUUAUACCUCAUAAGUUGUGACCCGCGGAGAGCUGAGCAGCCGAUAGGGAACAAAUGCUGAUGACCAGAAACGUGUCCGGGGACACUGAUCAGCGCCUGCCGGGUGAAAUUUGUGACUCUCACCUUGGGCUGGCAUUUCUGUCGUGGCAGGUAACCAGCUGAGGGCCCGAUCCACCGCCCAGCCACGUCUUUAGAAAUUCCCCCGCUGGCUGCGGUGGGUUUGGAUGGCCCGAGGGAGUGAGCAUCAUCCCGAGGCAGGGGUCACCCCGUGGUGCCUGAGCCCUGGCUCUGUCCGUCCUCUUGCUGGUAAUGCUCUCGUGACACCGCCCGACACCCAGUGCUGGUAGAUUCAUCCCAAGGAGUGUUUUUAUACUUGCCCUUAACGGAGAAUUUGUUUUAAUUUAGAAGUAUCCCGCUCCGAAGAUAGCUUAGGCUUCAUUGCUUUUAUUUCGACUUCUGAAGAGGGACCAACCUGAUGCCGUUUGCGCUGUAUAUGUUUAUAUAUGUAUCCAUGCCAUACAUAUAUAUAUCUAUAUGGCACCUCAGACCGAUCAGCUUCUAGUUGUGGAGUGAUGACAUUUCAUGCUGCACCAUACGUAAAGAUGAUGAGAUAAUAGUGCAUCCAGUUGUUCAGCUUUUAGAGUGGAGUUUUAUUUUCACACUUUUCUAUGGAGCCUUCAAACCCCAGAUUUUCACACUAGGCUGUUUUGAUAGUUGUUCUCAGACCCUCCAUUGACAUCCUUACCCAGCAUUCCCUACUUUUGGGGGCCUUCUAUCUUGUUAAAAAAACGAAAAAACAAAAAAUCUUUUUACCGAGUGAAACAUCGAUUCCACCUUUAUUCCCAUUCUCACUGGUGUAAAUACUGAUACUAACUGAGGAUUUUGACUUUGCAUUCUGUCAGAAUACUGUGUUCAAAUAAAAGUUA